GUUAGUAAUUGCAUACAGUAGACAUUAAAAAGAGGCUACAGAACAGAAGGGCCAACAAACUUCACUUCCAAUUUCUAAAUCAACAAAACCACCACUCCACCAAGCAGCUCUCUUGGCUUUUGAGAGGUUUCUGAUAGUGUCUGUAUCACUGUUUCUCUCCUCUCCUUCUCUCUCUGUCUGGGUUUGAAAUAAGCUCUUUUCUUCUGUAAAACUCUAUCUUCUUCAUACACUUUUCAUGCUUUCUCGUAGUAUUUCUCUGAGAUACAUUUGUUGUUAGAAUUUUGAUGUCUACACCCUUAGAACAUGAUUACAUAGGCUUGUCAGAGGUUUCUCCUGCUAUGGAAAACUCUGAGAAGAUCUCCUCUUCCUCCUCUACUGUUUCCACGGAGCUGGAAGACAAGAACAAUGUCCUUAACCUCAAGGAAACUGAGCUUAGGCUUGGGUUGCCUGGUUCUGAAUCCCCUGAGAGGAAGUCUGGAAGUGGGCUUUCCCUUCUCGGGAGAGGUGUGGAGGAUAAGAACAGUUACUCGCUUGGUGUGCUCAAAACUUUCGUUUCUGGGGCUAAAAGGGGUUUCUCCGAUGCCAUUGAUGGCUCUGGAAAAUGGGUCUUCUCUGGGAACGCUGGAUCUGAGGUUGAUAUGAGCAAAGGAGGUGUCUUGUUCUCUCCUAGAGGUGGGAAUGGUGGGAAGUCUCUCUCUGUUUUGGAGAAUACUACUCAGCAGCCUGGUCCGACUGCUCCUGUGCUGAAAGAGGUUGUCCCAGCGUCGCCAAAGCCUGUGCAAGAGAAGAAACCUCAGAUUUCUGCUGCAAAUGAUCAUGGGAUGGCUCCUGCUGCUAAGGCACAGGUGGUAGGAUGGCCACCAAUUCGAUCUUUCCGGAAGAACACCAUGGCUACCAGUCCAGCAAAGACAGGCGAUGAUGCUGAAGGAAAGUCUGGUUCAGGCUGCCUGUAUGUUAAGGUAAGCAUGGAUGGUGCUCCAUACUUGAGGAAGGUUGACCUCAAAAUCUACAGCAACUAUACUGAACUUUCAACAGCUCUUGAGAAGAUGUUCAGCUGCUUUACCAUUGGUCAGUGUGCCUCUCAUGGAGUCCCAGGCCGAGAUGGGCUUAGCGAGAGCCGAUUGAUGGAUCUCAUCCAUGGUUCUGAAUAUGUGCUCACUUAUGAAGACAAGGAUGGUGAUUGGAUGCUUGUGGGUGAUGUUCCAUGGGAGAUGUUUACUGGCUCAUGUAAGAGGCUGAGGAUCAUGAAGGGUUCAGAUGCAAUUGGUUUAGCUCCGAGGGCCAUGGAGAAGUGCAAAAACCGGAACUAGCGGUGCUGCAAUGACCUCAAACAGAUGGAUAGAAUGGAAAUCUGAAGUGAAGCAAAAAACAGCAGUUGAAGCAUCUUUAAUCUGAGUAUAUAAUGUUGUUAAAGAAAGGGUUUUAAAAUUAUGGCGGCAUGAAUCCUAUAUAAUUUGCUUUUAAGUAUCCUUCUAAGGUUUGGUGUCUUUGAUGAUUGGGAGAACUUCCUUGAAGGCAAAGAAGAAAAUAUACUCUCUAUAAAACCAAAAAAUCCAGGUUAUUCUAGUCUUCUGCUUUUUGAUCUGUAUUUUGAUUGACAGCCCUUCAUUUCUAUGAAUGUAAAUGGCUUGUUUACUUUG